UCUUUUCCAGUGAUUCUAUUUUGGUAUGUGUUUUUUUUUUCACCCAGAAAGGAUAAAUAGUGUUCCCACUUACCUUCUUCUAAUAUUUCAUGUCCAUAAUGUCAUAUAAACAGAAAUAAAGGGAGUAUUAUCUUUUAAAAGUCUAGCCAGUGAAUCUUUUAUGAAGGAUAGUAGUGAGAUGAUUGCGGGACCGCAAACUAGGCCUAUACAAUGUAAAAUUGUGCAUGGUACACCAUGUAUAAGUUUAAACUCUUAGAAAAUAAACACCUAUGUUUAUUUGAAGUGGUCUCUUAGGUGAAUCAAAAGUAAAAGGCAUACAUAAUACUGAUGAAUUUUUAUUCUGUCUACUUUUUGAAUAUUUUGUGUCAUAGGUGCGAUGAGCUAAUUACCAUUGAAAGUCUACCAAGAAGUCACGGUUUUUCUCUUACCAGUAUUAUUCUCCUCUCUCUGCCAAAUUAAAUUAAAGGAAAAAGCAACAUGUUAAUCUUAGAUUGCAUUCUCUAGUCUCGAUGUUAUCACUGCUGCAUGGAAAAUAGUUUCCUUUUGUUUUAAAUUCAUUCCCAAUUUUUCUUUGUUUUAUAUCCAUUCUCAUUUUUUAUUAACUAUUUUGUUUUAAUUUAGUUUGUAUGGACACCUUAUGAUGACAUUCUUCAUACCUUAUCUCCCUGUUGCACAACUAGAAAGUCGAUGUGGCAAACGAGGGUGCCGAUAUUAUGUUUAGAAGUCAUAGAGUGGCACCCAGCUGAUAGAGUAAUGCGACAGUUCAGGGUUUCACAACACAUUCCAGAAGCUCCUCUAUGACUAGCUGACCACACUAGGCAUGAUGGUCGAUCUACAAUAGACCAAGAUUUCAUUUCAGAGCAUAUGCGUUGUGUUGGUUUGUGGAUUCAUUAGCAACCUAGAUUUGUGGAGGAACAUGAUAAUGCCAACUUAGAUGCCUAUAUGAGAUGGUAUUUGAAACACGGUCGAUUGUUAUUGGCAACUCUACUCUCAGUGAUUCUAGGUACGUGGCGAUUGCGCCUGCAUAUGAAGCGAUGCGUAGAGGCCUAUUAUGGAUAGAGAAACCAAGACUAGAGUUUAGGGAAUUGAGAUGGCUAAUGAUAUUAUAAGGAUCUGUGAUCAGGCAAAUCAAGGCUUGCAGGGGCCCAUAGUUCCAGACGAACAAUAUCAGCAGUCACUCGAGAUGCAUGAAGGAAGUGGGGAAGGACAUGGACUUGUAAAUUCAUGUGGACGUGGACGUAGUGAUGUAACUGUGCGUAGAGGAGUAUGUGGUCGUGGACGUGGACAUGAUGUCCUCAUACACGAGGGAGUAGGUGACCCUGUUGAUGACCCUGUUAGACAUUAUGAGCCAGAGCCUCAGGCAGUGGCAGAUGACCCAUCUUUUCAUCCAUCACCGUUGAUUCCAGGUUGUUCAUCCAUGCCUGAGCCGCAUAAUUUCUCCACAUAUGUUGCUCUGGCUUGGGUUGAUGAACCCAACCGACAGUCCUAUUGCGACAUGCCUUCUCGAAUCCUGACUUCUACUCUACGUUUGAGUUUUGGAUCGCCAGAAUUUGGAGAUAUGGCGUCUCAGGAUUUGCUUUGCUCGUCGUCAUCCAUUUCGGUUCAGACCUCUGACAUGGAUGCAUCUCGUGGACCAAUGAAUAUUACGGAGGAGACACAGAUUUCGGCACGUAAGAAUAAUCAUAAAAGCAAGCAUUAUGCUGAUCCGGUUGCUGCUAUGAAUAGGAGGGACACCAGAGAUGGAGACGAUGCUGCGAAUGGGGGGCUCAGGCCGCAAGCGUUGAUACGACAUAGGAGUUGUGGCACGUAGUUGUGUUGUCCGUUUAAAAAUAAAACUAAUUAUUUAUUUUUUAAUACUUCUUUGUACAUACAUGCCUUGGUGACUUCUUUUGUAGUUGAAAGUUGUAAUAUAUAUAUAUAUAUAUAUAUAUCUUUCUGAA